CGUAGCUAAAGAGGGCAGGGAAGGAAGGUGAGAAGCGGCUGUUUGGCUACGUGACGCAUCCAACAAUUGUUUAACAAAAAUCCUUAUGUAAACGUAAUUAUCGUCUAAUAUACAUACAGUUUUGCGAGCGUAAAUUGCGCUUAUUUUACAGUUUAACAGCGCACAACGUAAAUAAACCGGUGUAAAACGUGAAAGCUUACGUUAAAGUUACAAAUUCUACAGAGAGGAUAGUAAAGUUAUAGUUUUUUCGCCAAAAUGAGAGGGGGUGCCUUCUUUGGUGAGAGAGACAGGGACCGCGGACGAGACAGGCCACGGUUUGGGGCCAUGAGCGGUCGCAGUGGACCCCCACCAAUGAAGUUUGGGAAUCCAGGUGAGCGUCUCCGCAAGAAGAGGUGGAACAUGGACGAGCUGCCAAAAUUUGAGAAGAACUUCUACACUGAACACCCUGAGGUCCAACACAUGAGUCAGUAUGAAAUGGAAGAGUUUCUCAGAAAGAAGGAGAUCACCAUCAGAGGCUCUGGCUGUCCAAGGGCGAUCACCGCUUUUCACCAGGCGCAGUUUCCACAGUAUGUGAUGGAUGUGCUGAUGCAGCAGAACUUCAAGGAGCCAACAGCGAUCCAGUCUCAGGGCUUCCCUGUGGCCCUGAGCGGCAGGGACCUGGUGGGGAUUGCACAGACUGGCUCCGGAAAGACACUGGCUUAUCUUCUUCCUUCUAUUGUACACAUCAACCACCAGCCCUAUCUGGAGAGGGGAGAUGGUCCAAUUUGUCUGGUGCUCGCCCCAACCAGAGAGCUGGCUCAGCAAGUUCAGCACGUCGCAUAUGACUAUGGAAAGUCUUCCCGUAUCAAAAGCACCUGUGUCUAUGGUGGAGCACCCAAAGGACCACAGAUUCGAGACCUCGAGAGGGGUGUUGAGAUCUGUAUUGCCACACCUGGUCGCCUCAUUGACUUCUUGGAGGCUGGGAAAACGAACCUGCGGCGCUGCACCUACCUAGUGCUGGAUGAGGCUGACCGCAUGCUGGACAUGGGCUUUGAGCCACAGAUUCGCAAGAUAGUUGAACAAAUCAGGCCUGACAGACAGACCCUGAUGUGGAGUGCUACCUGGCCAAAGGACGUUCGGCAGCUUGCCGAGGACUUCCUGAGGGACUACGUCCAGAUUAAUGUUGGCGCUCUGGAGCUCAGUGCCAACCACAACAUCCUGCAGAUUGUCGAUGUCUGCAUGGAGACUGAAAAGGACCACAAACUUUUUCAGCUGAUGGAGGAGAUAAUGGCUGAGAAAGAGAACAAAACCAUCAUCUUUGUGGAGACUAAGAAGCGUUGUGAUGAUCUUACCAGGAGGAUGAGGCGGGAUGGGUGGCCAGCCAUGUGUAUCCAUGGAGACAAGAGCCAGCCAGAAAGAGACUGGGUACUCGCAGAAUUUCGAAGUGGUAAAGCUCCUAUACUGAUUGCUACCGAUGUGGCCUCUCGUGGUCUGGAUGUGGAAGAUGUUAAGUUCGUCAUCAACUAUGACUAUCCCAGCUCCUCUGAGGAUUAUGUCCAUCGUAUUGGACGUACGGCCCGCAGUACCAACAAGGGCACUGCCUACACCUUCUUCACCCCAGGGAACUUGCGGCAGGCCCGAGACCUUGUCCGGGUGUUGGCGGAGGCCCGGCAGGCCAUCAACCCUAAACUGCUUCAGCUUGUGGACUCAGGGCGUGGCGGAGGAGGAGGGGGUGGCAGAAUGCGUUACCGUGACAGCAGCUCCAACAACCCUAACCUCAUGUACCAGGCGGAGUGUGAUCGGCGCACGCGCCCUGGUGGUGGAGGCGGCAGAAAAGACAGCCGCAGUGGCUACAGCCGUGACAGCCGCAACAACCGUGAUGGAGACCACUCCACUUCCUCCGCCUCUUCCUCCUACAGGGACAGAAGCCGGGAUCGCAGGAAUAGCUACAACUCUGGCUCAGAUCAGUGCGAGAGUUACAGCAGCAGCAGGGGCUACAACUCCCGCAGCGGAGGCCCGUCCGGUGGAGGUGGAGGUCAGGAUCAAUCUAGCCAGCCGCAGGGUCAGUUUGGCCAACCUCCUCCUCCUCUUCCUCCUCCUCCUCCACCAUCAGGGGGGCCGCAGCCUCUGAUGGCUCAACAGUUUGCUCCACCACAGCCACCGCUCAUGAGCUUCAUUGGGCAACCGCCUUACGCUUUUGCUUCUCCACCCCCUCUUCCUCCGGUCCCUCCACCUCCCCGGAAGUAGAAUUAUGAGAAAGAAGCACUGAGUUCAUUUGUGCUACUUAGUGUGUUCAUAGUGUAACUUUGUUUUUACUCUUCAACUCUUGUCAUGUGCACGAGGCGGGGCUUUGAAAAGGCAUAUAUCUAAUGAGGUAAGGGCUUUAUUUUCUAUUUGUUUCAUACUUUUAAUACACCCCAUGUGUGUGGAAUUUAAAUUUUCCUAUAGAAAAGGAGACCUAGAACUUUUGCCCUUCAUUUUUUUCAACCUCCAAAGUCUCAUACAGUUGCUCUCAACCAUGUACCAUGGAGGAACAAGUUUGUGGUGCUUUCAUUUUAAAUACUACAGCACUGGAUUUCACCAGUUUGUUGUCCCUCUCUAGUUUAAGCUGUCACAUUCCAGAGUCAUGUCUCGCUCAAGCUUUAUUAAAGUUCAGAAUCUAUGACUUAUUUUGCUUGAGUGAGACUUUGUGAGAUUUUGACUAGCAAUAUAUUCUAAUUAUUGCAUAGAUUUUGGGUUUGUGUUAUUCUAAACACUGAAGCAAUGCAGCCAAGUUGUGAAUCUUCUCCCAUAGUUUUGAUACCAUGCAACCACUAUUUUAUUUUUUGUAGUGUAAUGGACUGCCCCACGAGAUUAAGACAUUACAUUUUGUCAUGCAUGCCUUUACUGUUUCCUGUCCUGUAGUCAAAACUGAUGUUUUUAUUUACUUGUAACAGUUUAACUCGCAUAUCGUUUUAAUAAGCACAUCAGCUAAUUGCAGUUUGUUGCUUGUUUCCUCUUUUAUUCAUUGUGUUUUUUUUACAGUGCUUUCUUUAUAAAUAAAUGAAUCAAAGCUGUAUUUUCUACUUUGCAAAUGAUUGUUUACAUCAGGUGAGUUCCCUGUACAAAUGACUUUAUUUGCCUUAAAUACACAUUUGUAGUACAUUAUCAAUUUGUACCCAGCAGUAUUUACAUGUAUGUUGCUUUUAUUGGUAAAUAAACAUCAUGGCAUGAA